CGUGAAUGUGAUGUCAACCACAAGCGAAAUGUCAUCCGUCGUGCUAGAAGCGUACCUCCAUAGGUACUCGCAGCAUGCAACCGCCGAUGUCUUGACGGUGGUGGCCGUCAAGUCGGUGUUGGAUGACAUGAUUGGCGACAUUGAGACGUGGGUCCAUGAGACAGAGCACGACAAAUUGGCGGCCGAACUCGCCAAAGCGCAGGCGGCGCUCUCCCAGUACGCCAUUGCCGAGCGUAUCCAUUGGGACGAAAAGCAAAACAUGCUUCAAAAGGUGCACGUGUUGCAGAUGGAAGGUCGGCGCCUCGCGCGCAAACUCCAGUUGGAGGCCGACCUUGUAGCCCAGGAAGUCCAAGACAAGGAAAGGCUGGAGAAGGAGCUGGCAACGUCCAAGGAACAGAUCGCGUCGUGGGCGACGCUAUCCCGGGAGUUAGCACGAUCCCAACGCGAAGUCCGAGAGUUGCAUCGACGUCUGGGCAUUCAAAGCCUGCUCAAGCCUGUUUUGGCUACUACUACUACGCAAGGCGAAGCACCACAAGGACCCGACGUCCAACGCGGCCUCGCGGCCUUAUCCGAUCCCAUCUUGCUGCACAUAUUUUCCAACAUGGAUGCCAUGGAUGUGCUCUCCAUGAGCUUAACGUCCAAAGCUAUGAAGGCCCGAAUACAUAAAUUGUUUGGGCUGAAAAAAGAACCCACCAUGCCGCGAUCAACCGUUCAUAAAACCCUGCCAUCAACUACCAAAUCCGCAACGAUUAAACCAGUUCCAGCAUUCGACAAGUCCCAGCUGGCGAGAGCAAACGACAUGAUCAAAUCGUUCAAUGCCAAGGAAAUGAAACUAUUUCACGAUUUGAUGCUUCGCAUGAAAAGUUUAGAGGCAAACUUGACCGCAGUCCACGCCGAGAAAGAAGACUUGGCCGCCCGGCUGCACAAUGCUGAAAACGUUCGAGACUUUCUCGUGCAAAAGCUCACCGACGCGGAAGACGCUCUAGCGUACUCGAUCGAAGAAAAGACGUUGGCGGACGCCCAGUCGAAUUUGGACCGAGAAGUGAUGGCAUAUCUGGAUGCAAAGUCCCAAGACAUGGACCAAGUGCUGCAGCUGUACGUUACGCAGAACCAAGAAUACAAAUAUGAACUCGAACGGCUUCGCCACCAACACGACGCCAAAUCUCAAGUGAUUGAAGACAUGAUGCGGUGCUUGACUGCUGAAAAACACGACGUGGAGCAACAGGCCAAAGGACAGAAAAAGGUCCUGGUCAAGGAAAUUCGAACCCUGCGAGCGGAGAAUUCGAGGCUACACAUGGAGACCAGUGGGUUCCGCGCCCAGCUAAAGCGGCUCAAGGAAUCAUUGGCCGAUUUGGAUGCAUUGGACAUUGACAGUUAAAUCUUACGACGUCGUUACCAACGUAACGUGUUCAAAUCAUAACACCUCCUUGCGU